AUGCAGCUCCCCAGUGAGCUUAUAUGUGCAAUCGCGGCCAACCUCGACUGCGAAUGUGACAUCGGCGCUUUCACCCGUGUGAACCGCCGUCUGUACGAUUGCCUCGACUCAUACCUCUACCGCCACAACGCCGAAAGGCACCGCCGGUCAUCCGAAGGAUACCGCGGAUCUCGGCGGCACCUCCGGCGCCGGCGCCCAAUCAGCUUCAAUUCGGACGAAGACUGCUCGGCCCUCGUGUGGGCCGCUGCCGUCGGACGGGAGCAGACGGCCCGCAAGGCAGUCGUCGACGCAUGCGAGGUGGAUGCGGCGCGUGCGUUCCUCACCGCGGCGAGAUGCGAUCACGUAGCCGUGAUCGAAUUGAUCCUCGACUCGCACAAGGUCGAUGUCAACGCACGCUUAUAUCACGGCUCCACAGUACUGGCCAUGGCAGCUGCUGCGGGACAAACGUCCGUCGUUGGCUUUAUGCUAACUCGCGAUGGUAUCGAUGUUGACGCCCCCGUAAAUGACCGCGUACACCUCUGUCCUCUUUCUUGGGCGGUGAGGCAAGGCCACGAGGGCAUCGUGAGACUACUGAUAAACUCUGGAGCUUUCGUCGACACGAAGGACCCCAACGGCGACACCCCGCUGUGCGUCGCUACGCGAAUGAGCCACGAGGCGAUCGUCUCCAUGCUGGUACGGGCGGGCGCCGAUGUCAACACACGCUGUGGAGACGGCACGCCUCCUCUCCUAAUCGCAGCACGAAAGGGCCACGACGGACUUGUGCGACUACUGCUCGCCUCGGAACGUAUCGACAUCGACGUGACCGACCGCUCGGGCGCUACGCCGCUCCUGGUGACUGCUCAGCAGGGUCACCGGACGAUUGGCGAUAUGCUGCUCGCGUCCGGAGCACAGGUAGAUGCUGGCCAAGUCCGAGGACUCACGCCACUCUCCUAG